AAAUCUUUCUAGCGGAGGAUAUAUUGAAAUAAAUGAAUGCAUGAAGUAGCGAAUUUUAAAACGUGCCAAAGAUCACAUUACUUAUUGACUAUUGUCUUUGUAGACUGUUUUAAACGAAUUUUAUUGUUUAUACCGCUUUGAAGUCCUUUAAUGCAUUUGAAUUCAAGCGACCUAGGUAUACGAAUACACUCGCUAGGCAAGCGUUUCCAAUACGUACUUAUACUGGUAUGUUACGCUCAGUGAGCAAACGCGAGAUUAAAUGCAUACUUAAGAAGUAGAAGUAAAACUUAUGGCAACUAGAAACUUAUCUGUGAUAGCCAGAAACCAAACAGAUGGAUAUUUCUACCCUGGCUAUGUAGCGGGAUCAGCCCCGACCACCAAUUGUGAUAUUGAAGAUGACCGAGACGUGGGGUUUCUCAACCUACGGCCGCAGACAGUGCCCGCAGUUUACGUCAUUACUCUAGGAGGAGCCGUGCCAUGGCCGGAACUGAGGCUAUGGGACUACGUUCUGACGGAAGUGCGCUCGCGGACAGAGAACAUAGAGCGGUAUAUUCCCGGCAGGGUGGUGAAACUUCCUAUUCUCCCAACUCUUGCCAACAGAUUCUUCACCAUCCGGCUCUUCAACGGAAGAAAGGUUCAAAAAAGACGACGUCAAGUAGUCAAGAUAGGGAGAGAAAAAUAUAUUGACAUUGUGAAGACUAUCAUAGAUAUACACCGCGGUCGGUCAUUGGCAGUAUCAGCUCCUAAUGUAAGUCAGGAAGUGGAACCGGAACACAGACGCUUUCAAAAUAGAAAAGUUCAAGUACCAAACUCUUGGUCCGCAAUGUCAUCAGCAUGUUUGACAUCAUCACGGGGCAGUUUUUCUUCCCGCUUCUGGUCUGCAAGAGGAGACAUGAAAAACAAACGACCGUUUGUAACUCGUAGCGCGCACACAGACAGGGGACACAGCCGCAGAUCGCUACGAAUACUAAAAGAAGUAGCCAACCUUCAAACCGGCGCUUCAGCAAGUGCAUCUUCGACGAAUGUUUCACAGAAAAGUUCAUCCAAUUUAUCCAAAACUAAGUCAUACUCGAGCGAAUCUUUUGUAAAAUCUAAAAAAUCGUCUGGAUCGCUUGACUCAAUAACUUCGUCCUCGUCGUCUGCCUCGUCAUCGAGACCAUCUACCGCAUUAAGCCGAGGAGCAAAAAACGAAAACAGGUUUAGUGACAGGAACAGAAACAACAGAAAGGAGGAGUUAGUGUCUGGACUCGAAGUGCUUGCCAGGUGGAGGGAUGAUGGAUGGUUCUACUAUGGACGUAUUAAUGGCCGGGCGGCCGAAGGCGGGUACGAGGUCAGAGACGUGACGGGUCACGUUGAGAACAUCAGCAGAGACGACAUAUUAUUGGAGGAGGAGAAAAUAUUCCAGGCAAUUCAGCCUGGUGACUAUGUCGUAGCUCUUCAUCCCGACUACGUCUACAGCUACGCUCCAGCUCGAGUCGAGAGCGUGUACAGCUACGGAGCAAACGUCGUGUUUUAUGAUGAUGCAACGCGAAAUCUACCUUGGCAAGAACUUUACAAGAUCUCAGCGCAAAAAUAUGAUCAGAGUGUCCAGUAUAUACGGGAAUGUGAGGAUAGCUUGUGUAACUCAAAAGCUGUUGUAUGGGAUAGGAUCACCGGCUAUUUCAGAUUAAAUGACGUGGAGUCUCCUGCAGGUCACCAGGCGUUCUUCCUUCCCCUACAGAACGGGAGUUACGUAAAGCAGCGUGCGGUCCAUAUCUUCUCCGUGGAACAGCUUAGAUCCAUAACAAGAGGCAGACAGGCAUGGAAUUACGUAUUGGGUCCUGUUGACGGAAGCUGCACCUUGUAUCUUCCCGCUCAGAUAACAGGUCCACAUCCACUUUCUCGACCAAGCAGCAGAGCGGAAACGCCACUGUCCGCUCCAUCUUCCCGGCCGGGAAGUAGGCUUGAAACAUCGAUGACCAACAAUAAUUCGCGACCCUGCAGUCGAACUGAUACGUACUUUGAUACGCCCGGGCAAAGGGUUGCUGAUUUCACAUACUCUCUGAACUUCUGUAAUGGUUCUGUAACAACGCUAGAGACCCUGGAUUUUUGUUACUACCUGAACGCAGAUUAUUACAAAUUCGCCGUCAACUUCUACCAGCAGAACCACUAUUCGUCAUAUGAAGAAUUGAAUAAACAUUUCUGAUUUUCCAUCAAUAUAUUCUUAUUGAUGGACUUUGUGUUUAUCCUCACUCACUAAAGUAUAUUCUAAAGCUGUUUGUGUUGUCAAUGACAGUACAACUGUGAGUAAAGUUUUUACGACAAUAAAAUCGGAAAACAUUA